AUGGCUGGCGCUACUCGUUCCACGAACGAAAAACUUGACAAUUUGGCCCAGGUGCUUACUCGUUUCCAAGAUCAUUUUAAUCUUCGCAUGGAUGGGGUUACUAACUGUGUCGAGUCCUUAGAAUGCUGCUCUCCGACACCAGAAACCAUCAACCUCCAUCAUGAUAAUGAAUCGGAACACACCCCACGCCAUAUUCUCAAACUCUACUGCAAGGCUCGUUUUGUUCUUCUGAUUGCUGAUGAAGAUGAGCGUGAAACAGGGGAAACUGGUAACUCAAAUUUCGGAUCACUGGACCAUAUUAUGGCUUUGUUUGAUCCACUGGAUACGGCCCACUUGGCCCUGUUGAGUUAUCAUGCCAUGUCAAGCACCUAG